UACAUACAUACAUACAUGUGUAAAUGUGCACAAAUAUUUUACGUCAGAGAAGCAACAGCCAAACUUCAGCAGAUAAAGAAUUUAAUAAAAGACAAAAAUAUAUCACGCAUUGUCUAUGUCCAUUUUAUACAAAGCGACAAAUUUUGUGUGAACACCGGUAAAACACAUGUGCCCGAUGCUUUGGUUGUAACUUAUUCGAUUUCCUAUGACGCAAUGUCGAAGUUACUGAUAGGAGUUACAAAAGCAAUUCAGCUACAGUCUGGAAUUACCAGAAACGUAUGUCUCAACAAAAUUCCUUCAAUGACUGUCUUGGAUAAUCUCUCAACAAAACUAACCAAGACUAGUAUCUCAGCUGGAACCAAUAACUACUGCACUGUUACUGCUUCUUCUACUGAACUUUCUCCAGCUCCUAAAAAUAAGGAAAAUGAAAAGACUGCAAAGUCGAAAGUGCAUCGAAAACGUUAUAAGAGAAUUCUGACUGCAGAAGAAAAAGAAGAAAAUGAAAAUUGGCUUAAAACAACUGUUACAUGUUCCGACAUCGAUUCGUUUGGUAGUAUUUGGCAAAGUACAAGGGCACCUGCUCUUCAGCCAUUAAGAAACACUUCUAAAAUACAGAAAAAGAAAACAAUUGUUGAAAAACCAAAAGAACAGUUAUUAAGAAAUACUUCUGUAAUACAGAAAAAGGAAAGUACAGUUAGAAAACCAAAAGAAGUUUCUUUUAAGAGUUACCCCACCUCGAAAUCUGAAACAAAUCUAUCUUCAUGGUCUAAUAGUUUUGGGAGCCUUGCUGACCGAUUAGAGCAAAAGAAAUUGCUCUACGAUGCAACUGAGGAUGGCAGCUUCGCGGAUGACAAAAAAGAUGAAAAUGAAGGUCGAAAUCACAUCCGGCUCUCUCCAAAAGGUCGAUUACAUGAACCACAUUGGUAUGCUGGAAGGAUCAAACAUCUGGGGAAAGAAGGAAAGAUUUUGGAAGCUAUUGAUACACUGGAAGAUACCAUGCUAAAAAAACACCGUGUCAUGCCAAAUGCUUAUGUUUUUAACCAACUUCUUGGUAUUCUUGGAAAAACUGGAUACACCAAGAAAGCUUUCAGUUUGUUUAAUAAAAUGAAGAAGAUGGGGAUACAACCUACAGGUCACACCUACACUUGUUUAUUCAACUGCUGUUCCAAUUCUCCUUGGUUGAGUGAUGGUUUACAAAGGACUCGCAAACUUCAUGACUUAAUCCUCGAGAAAGAAGUGCCACUUCAUCCAAUCACACACAAAGCAAUGAUAAAGUCUUACAGUGUCUGUGGUGACAUUCCGACAGCAUUCAAGGUUGCUGAUAGCUUCUGUGAAACACAUCCUCCAGAUACUGAGUUAUUCAGUUUCCUAUUGAUGGGAUGUGUAUCAGACAAAAUGGCAGGUCUCAGACAUGCCCUACAGGUUUGGAAACAAUUGGGCUCUCUGAAAAUUAAACCAGAUCUUCCACUCUACAAUUUAUUAAUCCGUACAAUCAGGGAUUCAGGGUUUGGUACCACUAGUAAUGUUGUGAAUUUCCCUGAUUACACUGCACCACCAAUCCAUAAUAAGUCAACCUCAGUAGAUAAAGACAAAAUAAAUGAAGAUUGUGAAAUUCCAGUGAGCAGUGUAAAUCAUUCUAAAGCAGAUCAAAUGGUCCAACCAAUUAGCAAUUUGAUUGAAAAAGAACCAAACUAUUUUGAUCAGUCAGAGUUGGCAAAGAGUCUUGACCUUACUUAUCCAGAUAAUCGACUUGCUCUGAUAGGCGGACCUUUCAGUAUUCUUAAAGAUAUGGAGAAAAACAAAAUCAAGCCGAAUAUUUUAACUUUCACUCAAAUAAUUGACUGCCUGCCAUUAAACAAUAGCACAGAAGUUGAAAUUCUGGACUACAUGAAAAGUUUGGGGGUGCGACCAGACAUUGAUUUCUAUAACAUGAUAAUCAGGAGAAGAAAUCGGUCCUUACGGUAUCAGGAUGCAAGGGAUGUUCUGCGCAAAAUUGGGGAAGAUAAUUUACAUCCUAACCAAAGAACUUUUGGCUGUUUAGCAAUGGGCUGUAUAAAACUGAAUGAAGCAAAGGAACUCCUUCGUAACAUUGAUGAACUUGGUAUGGAACCAAAUAUUGAAAUAUUUGGUCUGUUAAUGUACAAGAGCAAUAUGGAUUUUAAAUACAAGCUUGAACUUCUAGAAAUGAUGCCAAAAUGGGGCCUAAAACCUAACACUGCAUUCAUCCAACACAUUGAAAACCAUAUAGCCAGUGCUCGGAAGAAAAUUCUUGGGAUGGAACAGAAAAAUGCAGUUGAAUCAUAUUGCAAUACCAACUAUUUUAAAGAAUCCUUCAAGAAUUUCAUGCAAUUCUAUCCAAAAUGGUUGAAGUCAGUUGGAUUUGACAAACCAGAACAUCCUUGGGAAGAAUUCCGGCACCCAAAAGAGACUGAGGUACAAAACAGUGAAAGCUGAGCAUUUAUUCUGUAUAAAGACGUUUGUUUUUUACUUGC